CCUUGCCUUUCCCGUUACCAGAUCUGUGCUGCUGCAGCAUGUAUCAUACUGCUGCAAGCCUAAAAUGGCAGGCAGGAUUAAUGUUGCUUGUGCUGUGUGCAUGCUGCGGAUACAGAAUUCAUUAUACCAUGCCUAGUAUUUCUAAUGGGAGUAUAUAAAUGGUCUGUGUGCCAUAUCAUGCAGUAGUGAAGACUUGGGCUUCCUGAUGGGCAAAGCUAUUUAAGCAGCCACCUUUAGAAUUCAAUUUCAUUUUCAGCGUAGUGAGUUGCUAGUCUAGUGUCGCAUUUUGUAAUUAGCAUUAGCUUUAUUUUUAAUUUUAAAAAACAUUUUUAAAAAGUGAACUCUGCUUCCAGAUGGUGUCACUCUCAUUCUCUUGCCUUUACUGCGAUUUGAAUAAUGUAUGUUGUAUUGUUAAUUAAUAGCAAUAUCGAAUUAAACCCCUUGAAACGAACAUAUUUAUUAUGCAGGCACGUCCAAUCUAUUUUUAACUCUUACGCAGUCUGUGUCUGUUGUGCAAUGGGGUUUGGUUGCUGAGUUUUUUUCUUUUCAGCAGGGAUAGCACUAGGCUGAUUUUCAGCAAAUGUGACAAGUGGCCUUUGCUGUGGUCAGCUUCAAGCUUUGAACCCUCGGUAGGGAAAAAGAGGGGGCGGAAACCCUUGUGCUGCAGCUUAUUUUAAAAACUCACCUUGGAUGAGGACAUCUUUUUGCCCCCUCCCCCACUCCUGUUCUUCCCAUUGAUAAGUUCAGCUAUCUUGAUCGCAGUCCAUUCAAGCAAGCUGCUUUGAGACCAGCUUUUUUUCCCCUUUCCCUCUUUUUCUUUUUUUUUUAAUUUGAGAAGACCAAGAUUUCACUGUCUCUCCAUCGCUUUAUAUAAAAAUGGCUGGGUGCACUGCCAUGCUAAGACUUCAUUAAGACAUAUACACAGUUCGUGUGGUUCCCUAUCAAUGAGGUUCACAACUUCAAAGCGGUUCCUGAUGUUCGCCUUGAGAAUGAUGACCAUCAUGUCUUACUUAAAGGAUCUCAAAGAUGACUUCCAUAGUGACACUGUCCUCUCCAUCUUAAAUGAACAGCGCAACCGGGGUGUUUUAUGUGAUGUCACUAUAAUUGUGGAAGACACCAAGUUUAAAGCCCAUAGCAAUGUCCUGGCUGCUUCAAGCCUUUAUUUCAAAAAUAUAUUUUGGAGUCGUACUGUUUGUAUUUCUGGGCAUGUACUGGAACUAGAUGACCUCAAGGCUGAAGUGUUCACAGAAAUACUUAAUUACAUCUACAGUUCCACAGUAGUCGUUAAAAGACAGGAGACUGUUUCAGACCUUGCUGCUGCAGGGAAAAAACUGGGAAUAUCAUUUCUAGAAGAUCUUACAGAAAAGAACCUUCCAAAUUCUCCUUGUCCAUACUCCUUUUGUAAUACCGAAAAGGGUGAAGUGAAAGAAGAAAAACGACAAGAAGACUCCGCCAUCACAAAUGGACCAAGAAUCACAAAUGCAUACUCAAUUUUUGAAACUGAAAAUAGUAAUAAUUUGUUUUCUCCUCUUGACCUUAGAGCAAGUUUCAAAAAGAUACCUGAAACAACUAAAGCAGCUAAUGUUGGCCAGGAUAGGAAUGGUGCUUGCAAAGACAUUGAGUCAGCCAGUACAUUAGCUGAACAUUCCUAUGCUGUUUCUACAGGUUGCGAUGCCUUUCAGCGAAACUCCUUUCACCACCAUGACAGUAAUCCCUUUUGCAAAAUGGGUGAGGAUGGUUCCGAUGCUGUCCACUCAAUGCCUCUAGUCGAAUCAGUAACACAAGUGUAUAGUACACCAAAGACUGGUUUCAGCUCCCAGAUCACUGAUAUACCUGCAGCAAAGGUAUCAACUCACAAGGAAGCAAGUGUGGAGAGCCACCAUAAAACACUAAAUGAUCAUACAAUUUCUUUUAAAAAACCUCGUGCAAAUACUGGCGAUUUUCUCCCUUCUAAGGAAGAUGAAAAUAAAUCUGAUCACAGUUCUGGAUCCAUUGUCACAGUCAUUCCACGUGUUUAUAACUGUAACUGUUGUACUGAAUCAUUUAAUGAUGGAGCCCAAUUCAGCACUCACCUUCAGCUUCACUCACAGCCCCAAGAACCGUUAGUAUGCAAAUAUUGUAGCAAACAGUUUGAUAGUGCUGCUGAAUCAGAGACACAUGAACAAGUAUGUAGGGGACCCACCAAUUUGUGUGUUCAAAGUGAAAAUGAGCAGAGUUUUUUAGACGAUCUUUCAAUUUCUAACAGAAAGACUGGCACCUCAUAUAUAAACCCUGAGCCUGCAAUGACUGAAAAUAAUCUUACUGAUUAUCCUGUCACAAACUGCACAGAAACAGACCACUUCGUUAAAGUUGUUGAUGGACAGAUACUUUAUACGUGCAAUGUUUGCAAACGUUCCUAUGUUACCUUGUCUAGCCUUCGAAGACAUUCAAACGUUCAUUCAUGGAGAAGAACCUACCCUUGCCAUUAUUGCAAUAAAGUGUUUGCAUUAGCAGAAUAUCGUACCAGACAUGAAAUCUGGCACACAGGAGAAAGGCGGUACCAGUGCAUCUUCUGCCUUGAAACCUUCAUGACAUAUUACAUACUCAAAAACCAUCAGAAAUCCUUCCAUGGAAUUGACCACCGUCUUGGAGUAAAUAAGAAAACUGCUAAUGGAGGCUUGAAACCAAGUGUGUAUCCUUAUAAACUGUAUAGACUUUUGCCUAUGAAAUGCAGAAGGCCACCAUAUAAAAGCUAUGGAAAUUCAUCAUAUGAAAGCAUACAAACAAGCCUCCAAGUUAAUGAAGGCCCUCCUAGUACCUGCAUUAUUCAGAAUACUGUUACUUCUGAACUACCAUCACUGAAUUUUCCAAACAAUAUGCUGUCAGACACAACUAUUUCUUUGGAUAGAUCUUCAUGUAAUGAUGGAACAGCAGAAGUAGCAGCAGCAGCUGUGAAUCCUCCACUAACUUCUUCCUGGGAAGUUGGUGCCUCAGAAUCAGGCCUUAAAAACACAAUUGAACCACCAUUGUCCUCCACUGAACUUAGUUCUCUUCCUCAGGAAUAUGAUUCCUCUGUUCUAACACUGAGUAGUAAUAAUGCCACUGAAAAUGCAACCUCUGUUAUUAACUAUAAUAAUCCAACAUCCUCUGUGAUAAUGCAUAGUGGCAGAGUUUCUUCUGUAAUAAUGCACAGCAAUGCUGCCAAUGCAAUAGGAAGCAGUAAUAUAGGAACCUCAGAUGUUACAACCAGCCAGUUAACAAGUGACAACCACAUACAUGGAUCAGCUGACAGCAAAAACAGUGCUAGAACAAGAAGUAAUAAGGAAAAGAAGAAAGUACCACACUAUGACAGAGAAGAGACAUCAGAGGAAAUAAAAUAUAUGGCAAGUUCAGGAACGUCUUCUGAUGCACCUACUGAUAUUUUUGAACCUUCAGGUAAGACCGAAACUUACAUUGCAAAACCUGCAUUACCAGGAACAUCUACUGAUAGCAACGUUGCCCCUCUUUGUCAAAUAACAGUAAAAAUUGGGAAUGAAGCCAUUGUGAAAAGACAUAUUUUGGGAUCCAAACUGUUUUACAAAAAAGGCAGAAGAUCUAAACAUGAAUCCAAAGAAGACCAUACAGUACAGGUUGCAGAACGAGAAAAGAGAGAGAGAAACAUGUCGCGAGUUUGUAGAUCAGACUAUAUUGAGCUCAAUGAAAUGUGUGAUGAUGUGAGUGACCAUGACGCCAAUGAUAAACCAUGGCGACCAUAUUACAAUUACAAGCCAAAAAAGAAAUCUAAACAACUAAGAAAAAUGAGAAAGGCAAAAUGGAGAGAGAAGUACAGGAGCAAAAAUUCCAGCAAAGAAAGUGGAAAGAUGCAUGUCACAAAUUAUGCACUUAGGAACAUUCCCGAGGAGAAGGUCCUUGAUCAAGAAGAUGAUGGGGAAAUGCCAAAUCUUCAUUGUGAGCUCUGUGACAGACAGAACUCUUCUACUGAAGAAGCUCAGGAGCAUAUACACUGGGACAGAACUAUGUCUGAGUCUUAUAUUUGUGAGUUGUGUCAAAAGCAGUUCCAGAGCCCAUCUACUCUAAGGAUGCAUAUGAGAUGUCAUACAGGGGGUAAGCCCAACCCUUGCAAAACCUGCGGGAAGAACUUUUCACUAUUGGGAAAUCUACAGAAACAUGAGUGCACCCAACUGGAUGUCAAGGAUUUUGUCUGUCAGUAUUGUAACAAGGCAUUUACUCUAAACGAAACACUCAAAAUACAUGAGAGAAUUCAUACAGGAGAAAAGCGUUACCACUGUCAAUUUUGCUUCCAGAGUUUCUUAUAUCUUUCUACCAAAAGGAAUCAUGAACAAAGACAUAAACGUGAACAGAGUGGGAAAGGAUAUGCAUGUGUCCAGUGCUCCAAAGUCUGCAAGACAGCAGCUGCUCUUGGAAUGCAUCAGAAGAAGCAUUUAUUCAAAACUCCCAAACAAGAAGAUAGAAAAGAUGAUUUGUUUAAUGAAAGCACUAAGCCUUUCGUAAGUCAGCAUUUCAUUGAGUCAGAUGGACAGGAAGCAACCAAACCUUUGUUAACUCGACAUUUCAUUGACACAGAUGGUCAUGAGGCAAGUCAUAUUCAGAAUGCCACAGCACAGGAUGGACUCUGAAUAAGAAAAACACUCAAAAGAAAAAGAAAAUUGCAGACUUAUGAAAGUUUUAAAACUGGAGGUAUUGUUUUUAACAUAUAAAUAUAUUUCAUAUAUUGUAUGAAAAAUGUGCCAUUAAAAAUGGGAAUUGUAGAAUUUCUCAUAUAGUACAAAGGCUUCAUAGAAGUCCUACUAGACAUUUAGGUCCCACAGAAGAGUCUAUACUUAAACAGAGGCAAACAAGAAUAUGUCUGAGACCUUUUAAUGGUAGAUUAUAAAUAAUUUUUGAACUGGAUCAUCGAUUAGUAUAAUAAGAGUCUGAACCAUUCUGGUCAAAAUGAAAACAUUGGUUCAAGGUAUAAGAAUAUAAUGAUACUAAAGAAGUGAUGUUAGAGAUAAAAAAGACCACAGCCUGUGUUUCUAAUCAGAAUGUAAUGUUAAUUUGUUCAAUAUUCAGCACUGUAAUUUGAACGUUUAAUUUAGCAAUAGUCUGGUAUGUACAGCAACUGGUGAAGAUUCUAAAAUUUAUUUGGGGGAGGGGGAAUACAUCCAGCUAUUCUAAAGUCUGAACCCGCUGUUAGCAAAGAGUCUUGUGAAGACUGAUGACUAUAAUAAAUGUUCAUGUUAAGAGUC